UCUUGCUUGCCCUGGGAAUUUCCUCUGACAGGCCCCUCUGGAGAGCAAGAUCGUAUAUAAGUCAGAGCGUUUGCAGAACUCAUUCAGUCAAGCACAAACCUUCUCAGGCAAACAAGCAUCCUGCUGCCUCUCAGGACCACAGCCAAGAAAGACUUAAUUUGCCUCGCCAUGAACGCCAAGGUUGUUGUUGCACUUCUGGCUUUUUUCUUGGCCUGCGCCACUCUGACCGAAGGUCUCCCAAUGGCCCGGAUGGGGAGUGAAUUGCGGUGUCAGUGCAUAACCACCCAUUCCAGGUUCAUCACUCCCAAAAACAUCCAGGAUGUCAAACUGACUCAAAGUGGGCCCCACUGCACAAAUGUCGAAGUCAUUGCAACUCUCAAGGAUGGCAGAGAGGUCUGCUUGGAACCCACAGCCAACUGGGUGAAGGUGAUCAUCAAAGCCAUCUUGGACAAGGCUCAAGGCAAUGUCUAAUCACAACUACCAGGAAAUCCAUCAAGAGUUUCUCCCACAUUUCUUUACUGAAAGAAACUGAGCCAUUUUGAUCAAGCCUACGAGACUUUUAUAACUGAGAAGAUAUAUAGAUAUAUAGACUGCCUAUUUAUAUAUUUAUUUCAUAAAUGCAUUGAUAGAAAAACUUAAGAAGGAUAUUUAACAUAAGGUUGAAAAUAGGGAAGUGGGAAGUGAAGGUUCGGAAAUCAGUGAACACAGUUGAAAAGAAGUUGGUAUAUCUGUGCCUGCACCAGGUUGACUGUUAUUACAGCAAAGCAAAUUGGCAAUGAACUGUGUUCCUCUGGGUCAUUUGCACGCAACUAAUGCAACCAUAUCGAGAGCACUGUGAAUCAGAGCGAGCCUCAAGGCCACCUAUUGUGAGUCAGCAACAGUUAGUGUGUUGGUCUUAGGUUCAAAUCCCUAUUCAGCCAUGAAGCUCACUCAAUUACUUGGGCUAAUCACCAUCUCUUAGCCUAACCUACCUCAUAAAGUUGUUGUGAGACUGAAAGGGAGAGAAUUAUGUAUAAUGUUCCGGGCACUGCAGGAAGGGUGAAAAUCAUUUCUAUUUCUGGUGUGAGCAUUUCUAAUCUUAUUAUUUAUUCAACACGGCCAAGUCUGUAUAUUAUUUAUUGUGCAAGGCCUUCUUUUGUGACAUAAUUAUAAGAAUAUCAUAUUUUGGUGGGGGGGUAGUAUUUAUUUCAACCAUUUGUUUUAAAAACGGAGCUGAGAAUUCUCCUAAUGUUAAAGAGUGCUGUAUGCUGAAGUGUACCUAUGUAUUUCAGAUAACACGUGCCUUUAUUUAUGUUAUUUAUUGAGCAAGAAUGUCCAAAACUCUCAAAAUAUUUUUCUACACAUUUUGUAAACAAGUUAAAUUAUUUCAAUGCUCAAAUAAAUUAUUUCAACAUUGAA